AUGUCAUACAGUGAAAGCAUGCCUAGUUUACCAAAGCAAAGCAUCCAUGAUCUUUGCAAAUUAGGUGAUGAAGAAGCUUUAUCUGAGUUUUUAUCAAGCUUAGAAGAUACUACAAGUGUUCUUUCUCAUUACAAUGAUGAGGGGAUGCUCCCACUGCAUGUUGCUCUUGUAAACGCAAGGCCAGGCUGCGUUAUCACACUAUUAAAAGCAGGCGCUGACCCUUGUGUGCCUUUUGAAGGGCUCAUGCCAAUCCAUUUAUCGCUUGCUUUGGGACAGUUCAAGUUUUACCACCAAUCUUGCUUCAGAUGUUUACAAGCCAUCCUAUUCUUUUUGCUAUAAAUUUCUUAAAAAUUCUAUAGCACCUAUCUAUUAUUUUAAAAAAAAUACCUUAAUUUUCUAUAUUAAAAUCUUAUAAUUAGCAUAAAUGCCUAUAGAACACUCUGACGUCUUAGUAAACGCAAGAGACCGCCUUGGCCGCACCGCCCUACACAUAGCCGCCAUUUCAGGUCUUUCUGAGGCUAUAACUUUACUAAUCUCCAAGUCAAUUGAUCCCAACCUCCGCGAUUUCUCAGGCAGAAUGGCAAUUCACUGUGCAAUUGAGCACAACAACGAAGUCUGCUUACAGCAAAUGCUACAAGAACUAGGCAGUGAUAUGCUAGUAUGUUCUGACGGAAAUGGGGACACACCAAUACACCUAGCUGUUAGAAGAGGAGCCUGAAAAUGUAUCCCAGUCUUAAUUAACCUGGGAAGUGAAGCAAUUUUAACUAUAAAUAACGAGCACGAGCAGACCCCUGAGGACGUAGCGAAUAUUUGUGGGUUUACCAAUGAGUUUCAGAAAGCAAAAAAUGGGGUAAUCCCACCUCCACAUAGCCAGGGGCAAUGUACGGUGAUUACACAUGACAAUUGUAAGGACCAUGCCAGUCUUUCAACAAGGGAUAGAGAACUUGUGGCAAAACAGAAAAAAUACCAGGCAGAAAACCCUUAUCGUAUAUACUUAAUUAUUAUGAUUAUUUAAUUAGAAAAUUUAUAGGAAAAAUAAGGAUAAAAAGAUAAAAUGGUAUAGAAAUUUUGUAUUUGGAUUCAUUUGGAUCUUUACUUAUAGACGAAUUCGCUGAUAAUAUUAACUGGAUAAAAAAUCCGCCACUUGUAAAUAUCGCUGAUAUUUUAAGAGUCCAUGAGUAUUCUUAUUUUUACCAAUUAGAAAAAUUUAUAAAAGAAUUAGAACCAAAUUCAGGCCCAGUGAAAUUUGAUAGAGACACCAUUGUAAGUGACAAAUCGCUAGAUGCCGCUUUUGCUGCUGCUGGAUCUGUAACUCAUGCUGUAGAUUUAGUUGUUACUGGGAAGUCUAAAAAUGCCUUUUGCAGUAUUCGGCCUCCUGGGCACCAUUUAGGCCCUUCAGGAGCUGUUGACUCUGACGGUGAGCCUGAUUUAACGUCUGCUGGAUUUUGCUUAUUAAAUAAUGUCGCUAUUGGUGCUGCAUAUGCCAUUUAUAACUAUCGGGGUAAUAUCAAUAAAGUCGCUAUUGUGGAUUUUGAUGUGCAUCAUGGGAAUGGGACCGAAGCAAUUGUAAAGAAUUUGAAGCCUUCUAAGCAUGUCCAUGCGAUUGAUUUAAAUAAUAUUGGAAUUAAGGCAAAUAUUACCUCAAGAUCAUAUAAACCUUGGCUUUCUGCUGAUGAUUCUAAAAAUGUAUUAAGUUUAUAAGGAAUAGGGAGAAAUUGGGAUUUUUAUAGGAAAAUAGGGGGUUUUAGGGGAAAAAGUAUAUUAUUUUUAUUUCUUCACAUGGGUAUGGCGAAGAUUUUGGUGGAAAAUUUUAUCCGUAUUCUGGGACUUAUUGUGGGCCAGAAGAAGACUAUCCUGCUGGCAUUCUUAAUUUGCCGAUGUCUUAUGGGACUGAAUCUUCAAUAUUUAGACAAAAUUAUAGAGAAAAAGUAUUUCCAAGACUGCUUGAGUUUCAGCCAGAUUUAAUCAUGAUUUCUGCUGGAUUUGAUGGGCAUGGGCUUGACUCUAUAAACCACGGAUUUAUGGACUUAGACGAAGACGACUUUACCUGGAUAACUGAAAAUUUAAUAAAAAUCGCCAAUACCUGCUGUCAAGGCAGAAUUGUAUCAGUUCUUGAAGGAGGCUAUAGAAUUAAAGGAGGAAUCGUUUCAGCACUGGCACAGUCUGUAGCUGCACAUGUAAUGGCUCUUAUGAACGCUACUAAUGAAUAUUAUACACAGCCAGACAUGCUUAGUGUCGAAAGAGAUUCUCAAAAAAUGGAAUUAAAAAGAAAAAUUAAAGAAGAAAAUGUAGGGAUGAGGCUAAGAAGGAGGAAAAUUGUGAAUAAUGAAAACAGUUUGGAUAUGGAUGCUAAUGAAUGGGACAGUAUGGAAAGUGGUGAAGAAAAUGAGGAAGAAGAAGAGGAAGAUGAAGAAACUGAAGAGGAUUUUUAUGACAGAGGAAAAAUCUCUUUUUAAUUUAUUUUUUUAAUUAUAUUAGUUUUAGAAAAAAAAGAAUUUAUAAAAAGAUAAUGAAAUUGCACCAAAUUGAAGAAGGUGAUGAAGACAAAAGUGGGGAUCAUGCAGAAGAGGCAGCAACUGAAGAGACAGAAAUCAAUCAUGAAAAUUCUACUAUUGAUGAACAAAAGGUAAUUGGGAUUUAG